AUGGCUGUGGGAAAGAACAAGAGAUUGUCCAAGGGCAAGAAGGGUCUCAAGAAGAAGACCGUGGACCCCUUCUCCCGCAAGGACUGGUACCAGAUCAAGUAUGCUGACUGGUUCUUUUCUUCUCUCCCACAGGCCCCUGCGCCUUUCAACGUUCGCGAUGUCGGCAAGACCCUGGUCAACAGAACCACCGGUCUCAAGAACGCCAACGACGCCUUGAAGGGCCGCAUUCUGGAGGUCUCUCUGGCUGAUCUCCAGAAGGAUGAGGAUCACGCUUUCCGCAAGGUUAAGCUCCGUGUCGACGAGGUCCAGGGCAAGAACUGCCUGACCAACUUCCACGGCCUCGACUUCACCUCCGACAAGCUCCGUUCCCUCGUCCGCAAGUGGCAGACUCUCAUUGAGGCCAACGUCACCGUCAAGACCACCGACGACUACCUCCUCCGCCUCUUCGCCAUUGCUUUCACCAAGCGCCGCCCCAACCAGAUCAAGAAGACCACAUAUGCUGCCUCUUCGCAAAUCCGUGCCAUCCGUCGUAAGAUGACUGAGAUCAUCCAGCGCGAGGCCUCUACCUGCACUCUCACCCAGCUGACCUCCAAGCUCAUCCCCGAGGUCAUCGGUCGUGAGAUCGAGAAGUCUACCCAGGGCAUCUACCCCCUGCAGAACGUCCACAUCCGUAAGGUCAAGCUUCUCAAGCAGCCCAAGUUCGAUCUCGGUGCCCUCAUGGGUCUCCACGGCGAGUCUGGCACCGACGACCAGGGACAGAAGGUUGAGCGGGAGUUCAAGGAGCGCGUUCUUGAGGAGGUUUAA